AUGCCAUCGACCCUGAUUUCUGCGCUGAAGGCACCCUCGCUCUUGCUGGGCACUUCAAAACCAGUUCAACUCGCCAUGGACCUCUACCAUUGUACCACCUUGGCAGUAUUUGCCUUGGUCGCAUUGUAUGUGAUCACCUCGGCUCUCUCCUGGUAUCGACUUCGCAAGUUUCCCGUGCCCAGCUGGUUGGCUCACUUCUCGUACGUCUGGCUUGGCCGGACAACCUAUGGUGGCAAACAAUAUUGGGCGCACCGCGAGCUUCAUCGAAAAUAUGGCCCAUUGGUGCGCAUUGGCCCCAACGAGAUCAUGACCGAUGACCCAGACAUUAUCCGGGGCAUGUCCUCGGUGCGCAGCACCUUCACGCGCGGCGAGUGGUAUCUGACCGGCCGCUUUAACCCGUACUAUGACAACCUGUUCACCGUUCUGGACAACCACGGUCACAAGCAGGCACGCGCACGUCUCUUUGCAGGAUAUGCGGGUCGUGAUACGGCCUCUGCCCUUGAGCAUGGGGUUGAUCGCCAGAUCACUCGCCUUACAGAUCUACUGCGACAGAAGUAUGCCGUUCUAGGCGACAAGGCACCUCUCUUAGAUAUCGGUCAAAUCACCAGCUACUUCACGAUGGACGUGAUUACAAAGUUGGCAUUUGGGCAGGAAUUUGGCUAUCUCGAAGAAAAAGACCUCCACGGCUUCCUGCAAGAAGUUCACGAUCUAUGGCCGCAGAUGUCCCUUUCGGCAGAUGUGCCGUGGAUUCGCAGAUUUAUUUUCUCAAGGCCAUUUUUAAAGCUGUUUGGUCCACGUGCUACGGACAAACAUGGAUUUGGAGCUUUGAUGGGAGUCUCUCGGCAUCACGUUCAGCAAAGAUUUGCCUCCUUGCAGGAUAGCAAAAAGGGCGACAUGAUGGAGUCUUUCAUUAGCCAUGGAUUGACCCAAGCCGAGUGCGAGGCUGAGGGGCUCUUUACAAUCAUUGCAGGCUCCGAGAGCACCGCAGCUGCGAUACGCUCUGUUCUCGUUCACACAAUCAGCUGUCCUCGUGCAUACAUGAAGGUCAAGGCCGAGAUCCGAGAAACCCUCAACAGUGGCUCCGUUGCCAGCCCCAUUAGUUCCGAACAGGUCAAGGGGCUCUCAUACCUUCAGGCCGUUGUUUAUGAGGGUAUCCGCAUGCGGCCGCCGAUCUUGGGCCUUUUCCCUAAAGUGGUGCCGGCAGCUGGGAUCGAGUACGAUGGAAAGUUCAUUCCAGGUGGAACUAAUAUUUGCAUGAACACAUCAUCGCUCCUAUGCUCAACCUCACUUUUCGGGAAUGACGUCGACGUCUUCCGGCCUGAACGAUUUACGGAUUUGGAGGAAAAUGAGCGCAACGAAAUGAAACGAAGCCUUGAACUGGCCUUUGGCCAUGGGCAGAACCAAUGUCUGGGAAAGCAUAUUGCGUUCAUGGAGCUGUACAAAAUCACAUUCGAGCUUUUGCGCAACUUCGACUUCCAGGCAGUGAGUCCCUGGCACCCGAGCGACGAGACCCUGAGCUACGGUGUUUUCCUGGAGUCGAACUUACGGGUCAAAGUGACAAAGUCCGAGCUAUAA